AUGGCGGAGUUCUCCGACACAGAGAAGCGAAUGCUCCAAGGCAUUUGGCCUCUCGACCUGCUUGAGGAUCCGAUGCGGCGGCCGCGAGUAGUGUCAACAGCCAAGGAGUUCCUCCGCGAGGUGCUGGUGGCCGAUCAUCUGGGUGAUUUUAUUGUUCUUCCGAACGGUGUGAAGUUGCUCGGCCUGGCGGAGGAGGAAGUGAUGCCCCCCGAGUUGACGAAAGCCCUGAACAGCGCAAGUUCGGUGCAAGACUUGCUGAAGUGUUUUCAGGCUGACGACACCCUGCUAGACAAGUACAAGGCGCAUGUCCAAAAAAAAUGCUCCUGCUAUUGCUGCUACUGCUGCUACUGUUACUGCACUGCUACUGCUACUUCUGCUACUGCUACUGCUACUUCUGUUUCGAUCCCUCUCCUUCUCCUGCUCCGGCUCCGGCUGCUCCCGCUCCCGCUCCUGCUCCUACCACUGACACUCACACUACCAGUAACGUUAACGUCAACCAACACCAGCACCAACCCUAAUACUAACAACUGUCGCGACCGCGACCACUGCCACUUGCUACUGCCACCACACUGCUGCUCCUGCUGCUGCAACCACUGCUUCUCCUGCCAUAUUUUCCACCAUCGGUAUUGCUACCACUGCUGCAGCUCCCACGGCUUCUGCUACUUGCUACCGCGAUGA